GUCUAUCUUCAGUGGAUGUGUCUGGUUGCUGUAGACUACACAAUGUGGAUUUUUCUAGCUGGGUUUGUGGUUCUGGUGUGUGCUGCAGAUGCCACACCAGUUCUUGGCAGAACAUUUCCUGAUUUUGGAAAGAUGUAUCAUGUCAAAGGUGUGCUGUCUUUGCCUCAUUCUAAGAUAGAGGAGCCGUUUGAAGCUUGGUACGAUCUUGAUGGGAACAGAAGUCGCAUUGACUAUCGUAAUAGCACAGUGCGCACCUUUCAGAUUGGAAAUGAUUUGGAUUUUGGUGCCAUUUACAAGAUCACACCAGUCAUUCCUCCCAGUGUUAUUAAGUGUUUCCAGCUUAAAGGAACUAAAGAUGAUCCAAUAGAGCCACAGCAAGCAAUCCCUGAUGCGCAGAGCUUUGAAUUUGAGAAAAUGGAGGAUUGCAAAGAUGCUCAAUGUGAGGUCUGGAAAAAAGUCACAGAGGCUGGCCAUAAGAAGAACACAUACCGUCUGUGGGUCACACGUGGAGAGGCAGCUUAUUCUCCAGCCACACCACACCGCUUUGAGAUGGAGGGCUUCAACUCUCUUCUGGGAUCCCACAAUGACAAAUACAGCAUUGAGUACAGUGACUUCUGCACACAAUCUGAGCCUGAUGUUUUCACUCCACCUGCAGGAUUUACCUGUGAAGAGUUUCCUGAUCCUCCUGAGGAGCAUCAAAUAUUAGCCAAUCCCUUCCAAGACUAUGUCAACACCCACCCUGUUAGCCACGCCCACCGGAUGUUUGGCCCCUUUAAGGAGAAGUUUAAUCGUCAGUAUGAAAGUGAGAAGGAGCAUGAGGAACGAGAGAACCUCUUCCUGCAUACUUUCAGGUUUGUGCACUCCAACAACAGAGCUGGUCUUACAUACAGUGUUGGUAUCAAUCACUUCGCAGACAAGACAAAGGAAGAGUUGGCCAGGAUGACAGGAGGUUUACUUCCAAAAAAGGAGGAGGAUGCAAAAUAGUCCACAGAAUAGUCCACCUGACAAAAUAGUGGCAAACAAUUAAUUACAGUUUAAUAAAUGUCUCACUCAACAGAUCUAAACAGUUAUCUGAUGAGAAUUGCGGUAAUUUAAUAUUUUCUAACCAUAUAACUUGAUUAAAUUGAUUCUGUAUCUUCAAGCUUAUUUGGCAAACAAAUAUAAUUUUCAAACCCAAAUGUAUAUAAAUUCUGAUUAAACUAUAAAUGAAAACCACAUGUUUUUCCCCCAAUAAAACAAACACAGUUUUUGCUCA